CUGUGCUGGAAUAUCGAGAGGUAGACAGGAUCGCGACCAGAACAGGAUUACAGGGACUCGAUCAUCCGGAAGAUAAUAUCCACCAUAUGGACAUUAAAGUUUUCUACGCUAAGCUUUCAAGUACUUUCAUCAACGUUCUACCCAUUGAUUGGGAAAGACGAGCCGGAUUAGUAGCUGACCAAUUCUGUGUACACGUGCCAGCUAAAUUAUUGUUUUUCUUGUUUGGUGUUCGUGUACGAGAAGGCAGAAAUAAGGAAAAGAAAUUAUCAUGCUGGAGUCUCGCCGGAAGUGUCUUGUAUAAAUACAGCUGUCGCGCGCUACGCAAAAGGAGAGCCGGUGAACGGGGUAAGCGAUACUCCACCAUCGCAGACAUUCUUUCGUCGAAGGAAGAAAGGCGUGAAGAGAGAAGAGGGUUAAAAAAUUUGUGAAAGGAAACCAGAUCUAAAAAUGUCUAAUCCUCCCAAUCUUUUUCGAAACGUUUUUAUCCCUUCUAAUAUUAAAUCGCCAACUUUUGCUACGAACGUAGGAUAUUAAGACAUUGGGCACGCGAUUCGAGUGAUUUCAGCAGACUCGCGAGGAGAAUAUUGCGAAAUUGGGAAAUUUGUAAGGAAGAUAAUUACAGAUAAAAAUGAUCGACGAGGGAAGAAACGAUAGAAAAGAAAAUGAAGGCAUACACGUCAAUGAAAAUUUGAUAAUUAUAACUAUUGUAAGACAAGAAAAAUGAAAAAUAACGGAGCUACGAAAUUAAUAAACGCAUUUUCAA